AUGUUGGGCUUAAAAUACUCGAUCACCACGGUUGCGGUUGCAUUCCUAUUGACCGUGACACUGACGUAUGGACAAGACUGUCAGUUGAUAAUACCUCAGAAUGCUUUGACUUCUGCAGGUCUUUCAACGCCGUAUCAACUGAAAGGGACUAAUUGUAUUCAAACGGUUGCUGUUUCGUCGGCGUUCGUGGAAGCUGCUAUCUAUGAUCCCAAUAAUUCCACUUAUCCUAUUGUGGCUUAUUCGCCUCUUGUCAUCACUCAAGGGACUACUCCUGCCGCAGCACCUGUUCCUAUUACGCUUCCUGUUGGCGCAAUAGUAGCAUUGUGGUUUGGAUUCAACGGAGAUACCCUCACGCUGGUAGAUUCAAACGGUGGUGCUGAUCUUUCAGCAGCAAAAUGUGUUAACGGUCUUGCCGGAUCCGUAUUUGGACAAUUCUCGGCUUGCAACGCUGAGGCAUUCUUUGCUGCAACUUUAAGCAAAAACCUGGUCCCAGCCUUAGGCAAUAUCCAGAAUGGAGCAAACGUCGGUCAGCCUUGCCCAACAACUAGAAGCUUCUUCGUAGUUGACCAAGAUCAGAGCGACAAUGUUAUUACUUCGUAUUUAAAUGUUGGAUCCAAAUCAGCUCAAAACACUGUAAUAAAUCGUGCCAACCUGAAUGGAGCUGCUGAUCCGAACGGUUCAGACAACGGGCUUUUGGUUAAUUUCAUGCUCCCUGCAUUGGGCUGCACUCCUGCAACGGUACCUGAUCUCACUGAUCCUGGGUCCAUGAAGGGAGCACUAGCUUUGAAUGAGCUGGGAGCAAAUCAAUUCCAAGCUUCUCCGAUAGCUCUUGUGCCAUUGGGAGAUCCAAUGACACUAGUGGAUGGACAAUUGUCGCUGGCGAAGACGAACCUCUAUCGUGUCCAAGUGGGGCAGCCACAAGCAGCUACAGCAGCAGAUGCAGAUACAACAUCCUACUGUACAAAUCUGAAGAACGUCGGAGCCAAGUUUAUCAUUGAUAACAAGGCUAUAUUCCAAGGAGCGUCGCCAGACACGGCGGUCAGCACCACACUGUUUGGUUUCCUCUCAAACCGUCUAGUGGAAUCAUGGGCCAAUCUAAACUGCCCAACAUAUACCGGCCUGGCUGCUCCCAUAUCGCUCGUCAUGGAUGCAAAUAAUUUAGUCACUGAUGCGUCACUUGUGUCGGACACGAAGCUCAUCGCAUCACCAGUCAAGGGCUCGAGUGUAUCAACCCCAUCAGCACGACGAGUUGGUAGACUUAGACCUCUCGCAACCAACUCAAGAAACCCUCGCGCAAGUCCCACAUGUAGUGAAGCUAUUCAAAUAUCGAGAGUCCGGGCAUCUCCGACGGCCAGGAGCUCUCAUACGGAGAACGGAUGGAGACCUUCUCAAACUCAUAAUGCUACUAUACCAUCGCAUACGGAUGUUACUGCAAAGGCCUCCCAAAUUAUCAAUGCUAUUAAACAAGCAGAGACAAAUAACACUGCAAAGGCCUCUCAAAUUAUCAAUGCUAUCAAGCAUGCAAUCACGGAUAAUACUGCAAGGGCUUCACAUUCUGCUGCUGUACAGAACAAUGCUAACGCAGCGACACCAUCAAAGGCUGUUACACACCAGUUUUGGGCCAAGUAUACAGGAGCUGCUAAGAGAAAUCAAAGUAGUGCUCCUUGA